AGGAAAAUAAUUGUUUCCAAUCUGUACAUUUAUAAAUGGCUGAAAUAUGUGAAAACCAAAAUCUCAAUAAAACAAAUUUACAAAAAUAUCAUGACGCUUCGAAUUCAACAAGAGAAACUAAUGCAGGACAAUCUCCACGAGAAGGACCUGUGAAUAUGUUGAAAAGUGCCUUCAAUAAAAGAGUGUUGACUCUAUCGUAUGAUAAUGUAAAUGAAGAAUGCCUUCUGCCUGAAGUGUUUCUCCAAGAAGCAUGUGGACAAUUAAAAACUGAAGUCGACUCUUAUUUAAAAGUGAAUUAUGCUUUGAAAUUCAACCUGGAGCUACAUGCCCUUUAUGGCAAACCAGACAUGGAAGAUUUAGAAAAGAGUUUACUACAUGUUCAGACUUUCCCAACAAAAAUGAAAGAUAUUUUUGACAUUAAGGAUUUCGAAGAAGCCUUUUCAGCAGAAAUCGACAAAAUAAUACAAAAUACUGAGGAAUUUCAAACAAGAGACAGUGGCUGGACUUUGGUGCAACUAAUUAAAGUUGAGUUGAAUUUAAACAAAUAUCAACCAUUGAAAGGUUCGAGUUAUAUACCAUUACCUAGGCCAAUAUUUUUAAAAAAAGCCUGCUUAAAUGUGAAAAAUAAAGAUAAUUAUUGUUUCAAAUGGGCGGUGCUUUCGGCAAUUGCUAACAUCAAUAGAAAUUCCAGUCGCACAUCCGCAUACAAAUUAAAUAUAUGCUCCAAAACUAUUAACUGUAAUGGCUAUUGUUUGGAUUUUAAAGGCUUACAAUUUCCACUAAAACUAAACGAUAUUGCGAUUUUCGAGGAAAAUAAUCCAACUAUUAGUAUAAAUGUAUUUGGCUGUGAACCAGAAAAUUAUAAGGUUGUUGGACCUUAUUACAAAACGAAGGGUAAAAAAGCCAAACAUAUAAAUCUGUUGUUCCUGCAGGAGAAUACGAAUGGACAUUAUGUUUACAUAAAGAAUAUGUCGAGAUUGCUUAGACAACAAACAACUUUGCACCGUAGAAAAGUGUUUAUAUGUGAUGACUGCCUGCAACAUUUCCUUGUUAAAGAAGAAUUGGACAAACACAUUGAAAAUGAGUGCCGAAACACUGUGAAUGUUCCCAAAAAAGAUAGGUCUAUUUUAGAAUUUAAGAAUAAUGAAAAAACGACAGAUGUACCAUUUGUCAUCUAUGCUAAUUCUAGCUACAUAUUUCAAAGCAAUCAUACAACAAUUCCCCAGCCAUAUGCUUUCUCAUACUUUAUAAAAUGUAGCUUUAAUAAUGAUUUAGAUAAGUUGCGCUGCUUUAAAGGACCCAAUUCGCCUGAAAAAUUUAUAAAAAGUUUAAUCGAAGAUGUUAAUUAUUUAUAUAGUAAUUAUUUUACCAAAUCAAAGCCAAUCUCGUCAGACUUAACGGAACAAGAAAAUUUGGAUUUUAUGAAAAACGAUAGUUGUCAUGUUUGUUCUGAAGUAAUUUCCGAACAUGAUAAAGUAAAAGACCACUGUCAGUUUAGUGGAAAAUAUAAGGGUCCAGCACAUUAUUUCUGCAUUUUCAAUAAAAAAUUAUUGACAUUUUUUCCAGUAAUAUUUCAAAGUUUCUCGGCCUAUGAUUGCCAGCUAUUUGUAAAUGAGUUUAAUAACAUUGAUAGUGGUUCUAUAAAUAUUAUACCGAAAAAUAAAGAUUCAUGUAUAUCCUUAUCAAAAACCAUUAAUUCUGAUAUAGGCGUUAAAUUAGAAAUAAGGUUUUUGGAUUCCUUUAGCUUUAUACCCUCAAAAUUAGCUGAUGUAGUCAAACAUUUAACAAUAAAUGAUUUGAAUACAUUCAAGUCAAUGUAUCCAGACGAUCUAAGCAAGUUUAAUUUACUUAUUAAAAAGGCAGUAUUUCCCUAUAACUACAUUGAUUCGGUUGAGAAGCUUUCAGAUACUUGUUUACCCAGCAGAGAUAAAUUUUAUAACAAGUUAAGACAAACUGAAUGUUCUUUAGAAGACUAUAAACAUGCUGAAGCAAUUUGGGCUAAAUUUGAAUGUAAAACAUUGAAAAAUUAUUUAAUCUUACACAUGAAAACUGAUGUUCUAUUGCUGACGGAUGUUUUUCAAAACUUUAGAUCAAUUUGCAAACGUACUUACGGUUUGGAUCCCUGUCACUAUUAUUCAACAGCGGGAUUCUCAUGGGAUGCCAUGUUAAAAACUACAAAAAUCAAAUUAUGCUUAUUAACUGAUAAAUCCAUAAUUUCAUUUUUACAAAAAGGAAUACGAGGAGCUGUAACGCAAUGUCCACAAAGACAUUCCAUAGCAAAUAAUAAAUAUUUAUCCGAUUAUAAAGACCAACUGCCGUCUAAAUAUAUAAUGCAUUACGAGGCAAAUAACUUGUAUGAUUGGGCCAUGUCCCAAGCUUUGCCAGUGGGUGACUUUAAAUGGUUAAGUAAUGUUGAAAAUUUCUCAUUGGAUUCAAUUCCUAAUGAUUCAAAUACCGGCUAUAUAUUAGAAGUUGAUCUUGAAUAUCCAAAAGAAAUACACGACAAGCAUAAUAGUUUACCCUUUUGCAGUGAUAUGAAAACUCCUCCUCAAGCCACAGAAAAGAAAUUAGUUCUCGAUUUGAACCACAAAAGCGAGUAUGUGAUUUAUUAUAAAAAUCUUCAGCAAUGCUUGAAACAUGGUUUAAAACUAAAAAAAAUCCAUCGCAUACUUAAAUUUAAACAAAAAGAUUGGUUAAAGAAGUUUAUUUCUUUAAAAGAUGCAACAAAUUUGAACUCCUUUGGAAAAUAUGUGUAUAAAAUAUUGAAUUAUGCGGUAUACGAUAGAGCAAUGGGAGAAGGUGAUAAGAGUACAACAAUUAAAUUAGUUAACAAAUGGGAAAGCGAUGGUAAAAGACUGGGAGCUCGAGCUUUAAUUGCUAAGCAUGAAUUUAACUGUAUUCAUAUAUUCGAUGAGGAUACGGUAGGUGUUGAAUUAGAUAAUAUUUAUUCAUACUAUAAACCCAUUUACUUAGAAUUCACAAUUUUAGAAUUAAUGAAAUGGAAAAUGUAUAAUUUUCAUUAUGAUAAUAUGAUGCCAAAAUACAACAGUAAUAUAGAAUUAAAUUAUAUAGAUGUAAAUUCAUUUAUUUAUACAAUAAAAACUGAGGAUGUUUAUAAAGAUUUUAAGGAUCAACUAAGCUUUGCUGAUACUGGCUAUGAUGUGGGUAAAAAGAAGGUUAUGUUAAAGGAAUUUGUGGCUUUAAGAUCUAAAAUGUAUUGUAUUAAAUCAGCUAAUUUUAAAGAAACAAUAAAUGUUGAUUGUGAAAAAAGUAAUAGUUGUAAAGAUUCAAGUUUAAGUGAGCACAAGUACUGUUUAUAUAACAAAAAAAUUCACUAUGUAACUAUUAAUGCUUUUAGUAGAAAAUUACAUACACUGUAUUGUACACUAUUCAAGGAUAUAUCUUCGAGUUAUUUAGAUAAUAAACGAUAUACAUGUCAUGAUAACAUUAACACUUUGGCAUGGGGUCAUUAUAAGGAAAAAUUUGUAGGAUAUUCUGUUGAUGACGAUGACGAUUAUGAAAUGGAUGAAACAGAGUAG